GGUGCAAGUCUUGAAAUAGUGAUUUUCAAAGUAUUCAAAAGACUUUUCCAGAGAUGGAAUCUUUCGUGGUGCAUUCAUGAUUCUUACCUUGAAAGAUGUGUACCUCGUGGAAGUUGAAGUACAUUCGUACUACUAAACGUCUAAACAAAUAGCUAUUGCAUAGUUUCACCCGAGUGUGGAGUCUGAAACUUUCAAAAGAAGUUUUGAAGCGGAGAUGUGGAAAGUGGUGUUCCACGUCUCGAGCUGUGUUAUUUCGAAUUGGGAAGUGCAUCACAGCAUUGCUAUGGAUGUUGACUACCUUCUUUGACUGGAGGAAUAUAGUUAGUUCAACACAACGAAAUCGCAGAAAUCUUAUUGGAUUUUUCCCACCAAAUCCCUUCAGCAGAGUGAGUGUAGAUGCGUCUGCAGAAGUGCUCCAUCGCUGUUGGUUUAUUCAUUGGAAGUGUCGUGUCUUUUGGAAGUACUGCAGCCUUUGAUGUGAAUAAUUGAUCAAAGUUUUCUUCUGAAUUAACUUUGGUAGGCUAACAGCAAGUAUAGAUUCCAUCCUUGCUGAUAGUGGGGUGGACUGAAGUGUUGGAUGUGUGUUGAUCGUCUAGAAGCAGGAUAUGGUGAUGUCAUUCUUUAUAUAUAAACAAUCACAGCUGUCAGUUGUAAGAGUUUGAUUUGGUCGUCGCACGGGUGACAAGAACAAGUAAACAGACUACCAAGUCCUUACCGAGUUUUAGGGACGUUACGCUCUCAGAGCUGUGGAUCUUGACACCCAGGUACAGGUGACCGUUGAUAGACUAUUCGAGUAUCUUCACUAGACUGCCAUCAUGUUUCCCGCCAAUUAUUACUUGUACCACACCGACAAGAAUGUCUACAAAAAGGUGCAGCAGAAACAGCCCCGCUCACUGUAUGCCCAGAGUCUCAUCUAUGCAGUGAACCCGUCAGAUCCGUGGGUGAAACAUAACUGUAACCACUGUAACGCUAAAAUGUACAGCAACGCGCAGAGGAUCGCCAUAACACAACAUGCACAGCGUUCCUCCAUAAAGAAACCAAAAAAUCGUGGAAUAUUUAGUUCAUUUUUGUGUUGUCUUGGUUCCAAUAGUAAUACCCACCAGAGUACACCGGUUCCAACAGACGAGAAUGGACAUCCAAAGCCGACCCAGAAGUACCUCUUACCGACCGUGCGGCAUCAGGAUUCAAGUAAAAAGUGUAUGGUUAUAGACUUAGACGAAACAUUAGUACAUAGCUCUUUCAAGCCGGUUAGCAACGCAGAUUUUAUAGUCCCAGUCGAAAUAGACGGAACGAUACACCAAGUAUAUGUAUUAAAGCGGCCUUACGUUGACGAAUUCUUACAGAAGAUGGGCGAGUUGUAUGAAUGUGUGCUAUUCACGGCUAGUUUAGCUAAGUAUGCGGAUCCCGUAGCUGACCUAUUAGACAAAUGGGGUGUGUUCAGAGCACGUCUCUUCAGGGAAUCAUGUGUCUUUCAUAGGGGCAACUACGUAAAGGAUUUGAGUCGGUUGGGUCGAGAUUUGCAAAAAGUGGUGAUUGUUGAUAAUUCUCCCGCUUCAUAUAUCUUCCAUCCAGACAAUGCAGUGCCGGUGGCGUCGUGGUUUGACGAUAUGUCCGAUAUGGAACUCAUGGACCUUAUCCCCUUCUUUGAAACAUUAGCAAAAGUGGACAAUGUUUACUCGGUUUUAAAAAAUGCGAACCAUAACCACAAUUUACCACAUCGGCCGCAGACGCCCACAUCAGUGUCGUCAUCGAUAUCAUCAACAUCAUGAUGAACGAGGAGGGAGACAUUGUUGAGACGUGAGUGAUGCGGCUGUUCAUAGUUCGUCCACGAGUCGUCUGUGUGAAUGGAUGUGUCGGUCACAGCAGUCUUUCACGAUGAGUCAUAGGGGGCGCUGCAUGUGGACUCACUCUGUCCUGGUGUGACGGACAGAUGUUCAUGCAGUGGCCACUAGGAGGCGCUGCAGUGUAAUGCCUGUGAUAGGUCAGGACAUCAUGGCACAAUCAUGGAGAGGAUUGAUUCAUUCUGUCCGAGGAGUGAUGACUUUAUUCAUAUGGGUGAAAUGUGCCGUGAGUCAGGAUAUUCUACCCAGCAUGCAGAUACCAGGUUUGCCUACUGUGCAGACGUUGUGUGAUAGAUUUCAUGCAGUUCUUCUGUUUAGGUUAGUGGAUUAAAUAGACCAAAACUAACCGGCAAAACUACCAUCACACAACGUGGUGCUGACUGUUGCUAGGGUAUUGCAAUGUUGUGACGAAGACGAGAGGUCAAUUCUGUCUGAGUUGUGAAGCAUACAGCGCCGCCAAUAGGAUGCGGAUACAGAGAAGAUCAUCCUGCACAACUCAUAUUGCACAGUUUGAAACAUACUGUUCAUUCACGCUUCAGAGGAGAUAUCAAUCAGGAGCAGACGGCAGCUUCAUCUUGGUAUUGCUAUGGAAACCAAACAAAACUUUGACCAGGUUUUGCACAAUUUCUGCUGUAAUUGACAAAUAGGGGCCUGUGCCAACAAACAAGGAGUUUCCAGUGAAAUGAGCAGGAAUGAUGGGUGGUUAGAUGCGAUCACUGGGUGAAAACUGGUCUGCAGUUUACUGGCUGGUGUUUCUGUGAACCUCAAUCAUCAGAAAAUCACCAGAUGGCUCUCGACUGAUGCCUUGGUUUUCAUCAGAUCAAUCGUUUUUGCGAACAGUGACUUCUAAACUAACCUCUUCUAUCAGGUGCUUGAAUACCCAUCAUACCUUGGGCUGGAUGUUUAUUGUAACGUUGCUAACAUAGUCACAUGACUCUUGCAGUAAGUAUGCAGUCUGUGUCAAUGCAAAACCAGCAUUUUGGCAGAAUUGACAAAUUUCUACGACCUUUGCCAAAGUUUGACCUUGGAUGGAUGUGACCUUCACCUGUAGUAUGUGCAGUGGCUAACAAUCGAGCAAUAAUUCAAUAGUGGAAAAGUUAUGAAAAACGUUAUUUUGAUGUUGCCAUGGUUACUGUUGUUGGGCGUCUAUUUCAUCAAAACCCAGAUUUGUGGAAACCAUCUUCUGACACCAAAUGAGAUGAAAACUAUCGCCCAUGGCAACAGGUGUGUUACUUUGAGUUUUAUUUCUGUUGAUCAGAUUAAAUCAGGCUUUCUUGAUUAUGUUUCCAUCCAUACUAUUCAUUCUGACAGUUUUGUAAUGGACUGGCCCAUGUUCGCAUGCUCUGUCCUUGAUAUGGUGCAUGCCAUUGUAUAAUCCGGGGGUGAAGGUCACAUUCUGUUCCAGUAGAGUGAGCUUCAAGGUUUUAAUGAAUAUCUUGAAGACUAAUGUACAUAACAGUUGAUUAGUUUGCCUCCAGCAACCUUGGCCCAGGUUGAUAACGGAUCCUUGGAAUGAGGUUGAGCCGCCUGUCGUCGGGGCCAAGGCUGCUGAGUUAGGGGACGAUUUAUAUGAAGUACCUGAUUUAACAAAUGUACAGUGGAGCUUUAAAACACAUUUUAUAUAAGAGGAACGUUUAUAUAUCAAUAUUAUUCAGGUUUCUGAGAUGUAAGAACGACAGACCUGAGUUGAAACUCACUCGAUUUCAACCUUUUUUGGUUGCAAAUUGAUUUAGGGAGUUGAAAAUCCAAGCACACAUCUUCCUGGAAUGGAAGGGAUUACAACAGUUCUAUAACCAUGGUAACCAGUAGCUGUGACCAUAACCAGGGUAACUGUUUCAAGUUUGGUGUCGAAGAUUACGACCAUUGUAAUCAUGGGUACAUUUUGUGACCAGAAAUGUAAGCUGGACAUGGAUGGAUUUAAGAGAGUCGUUCCCCUCAACACCAUUGAAACUAUGGUACGUCUCUACUUAAAUCAUUGUGUUCUGGUUAGAUUGCCAUGGUAACAACUGGUUUAUUAUCAUAUUAUGACUAAUACUUUAUCAGAUUAUAUUUCUUUCAUUGGUUUAUAGCUGAAUGAAUCUUGUCUUGGUUUAGAACCUUAGAAGGCAGUUACUGGAUGCACGGGGAGUAAACAGUUUGGUACGAGAUGAGAGAAGAAUGAACAACAUAUCUGUCGUUGAUAUGAGUUAGUCCCAGUGAGGGAGGUUGAUUAUCAAUGAAUGGUACCAAGGCCUUGUUUAGCUCUCUUCAGACAGAGCUGCAAUUGUGGAUUUGUUCUUCUCACCAGUGAUUGCAUGUGUGAAAAUGUGGUACCGGUAAUUCAGAAUUGUGAAAGUUUAGAUGAGGAGAGUUUUGUAGAUUUGCCCAAAAGUAUUAUAUGCAGCUAGGAGAUUGAGUGCCAAAUUAUUGUGGGCCAUACGAUGGACCUUCCAAAACCAUCCAGUUAGUCUUGAACAAGUUGACAAGUGCAGGUCUCUUACCUGAUUGUGUCUGACUGAUGUUUUUGGAGUAUCCAUUUUGACAUGGCGCUAAUGACAGUAUUACUGUCUCAUCAUUGAAAACACUCUGUCGUUUAUAACAGAACUGUUUUCAAUACUUUGAACCUUUAAUUGAAUUCUUUACGUACUGAUCAAUUUCAUUUUCGUCGGACAGUUUGGUUCGUAGCCAAGCGAUGAUGAUCUGGUCAAUUAGCAUAUCACACUGUGUAGACUUUCUUACCUCCUCUUCUUCUUCCAAUAGAAGAGUUCUUCCUUUCUUUGCUGUUGUUUCAUAACCUACAAGGGUAAGAAGUGCUACACAAGGUAUAGAGAGAGAGCAGAUGAUGUCAACACUGAUAAGUCCACCAUUUUGACGGUCACAUGACGUCUUUAACCCUUGUGGUCGACUUUGCCAAUAUGGUGAAGUGAUGAGACCAGUAGGAUAUGAGGAUGACGUUUGUACCUCUGAUGUCAAGUCUGGUCAUGUGACUUGAAGUCUUGGACAUUUGAGAACAUAACCACUGUAUUUUAUAAGUGAAAAAUGUGAAAACAAUCUCACACCAGAUUAGAUAUUGUAUCUCCUUUCAAAGGCUUUCUGUAUAUUGUAAACAAAUCCACCAAUUAUUCAUGUUAUUUAUGUAAAAUCGCAGAUUAUCUUAAUUCCUAACUUUGUAUAAUCAGUUCAGUGUUCUGAGAGGUGGCUUUUACAGUUCGUCCUCUUCUUGUUCAUGUCAGCAAACAUUUUCUCAGUUUCUUUUUAUUGUCAACUGUUUCAUCCGGGCUUGAGUGGAUACAAGUUGAUGAUUGUGGGUUACGUUUAGAAUCAUUGUAACUCCAUCGAGUUCGACUCUUGUCAUUCAAACAUGACCGGUGUGACUGUAGACGUACAAAUCAGGAGAUUACCAAGCCCUCUGUCAUCAGUAUGAUGAACUGCUUCAAGAAGUCAGUGUGAAUGUUUUAUCUCUCUCAUAUAGUGCCAUGGUGGCUUUGCACAAGCAGCAUCUAAGACAAGGCCUAAGGUUAUCAUAACCAUAACCAGUAAAUAAUCGGGGCUGUUUGCUAGAAAACCUAUUUAUUUGUCAAGGGAUGAUGUGACCCCCAGUUGCUGUUAUGAUUGGUUGCUAUGGUAAUAGAGAAUACAAGAUGAUUUAGGAAGAGAAAGCUUUAGAAAUGUUCACAUAUGUUUAAAAUCACUGGAAUCGUAGUUAAUUGAAAUAAAAUCUUUUUUCGGCAUUGUACUUAAACGAGGGUGAGUGUUGUAGGUGACUGUCAGUGUUUCCAUGCUAACACAUUAGGGUUAUGACAUACCAACAGAGAUGGGAUUGCGAUUGUGACAUUUGAAACUGUGUUCACCAUGGAAACGGUUUGGGUACCUUGGUGAUACUGAAAACAUAGCAGUUACCAUGGUGACCUUGGGAAUAAAGAAUGGUGAAUAAAUUGUGAACAGUUGUAAUAGGAGGCCAUAUUUUUGCUAACGUCUGAUUGUGACUUUUAAUUCUCAUCUCAAAAUACAUCACUGAAACCACAACAUGGGCGCAGAUUUUCUAUAUUCUUACACUAAAUAUUUGUACAUCAACUAACUGUAAAUAAACAUAGUACGAUAAAACCUACAAUUAUAAUAAAGAAUAGUCCUUUUAUGUUAAA